AUGUCUAAAGAUGGAACUUUUUCAAUGGGCAAGAGUCAACAAGCUGGACGUCGUAUUUUUAAACUUGUAAAUAAGAACAAAAUUAAGAAUAUAUGUGCUGGGGAUAUGUAUAAAUCACAUGAAUUCGAUGGAAUUCCUUGUUUUGUUCUAUCAAAUAAUUUGAAUAAUUUUCAAUUAUAUAUUAAAAAUACUGAAACAAAAGAAUGGGAAGCAAUUUUUUGGUUUGAUAAGAUAGAGAUGUUUUCUGUAAAUUAUAGUUCUGAGAUUGUAGGCAUUAAUUGUAAUAAACAUCUUGAAUUGUAUUCUAAAAUUAACGAUAGUAUUCAAAAAAUGAUUAUUGAUAUUGAGACUCAAGAGCAACAGGAAAAAAUAAAAUCAGGCUUAUUUUUUAUAACAAAUAUCAAUUUGGUAGAAUGGUUAAUUUAUAGCAGUGAUGCAGAUAAAUCAGGAAUAGUAUCUGAGCUUUUAUCAAGUGAAUUAUAUAUCAAGCCAAAAAAACAAAAAUCAGGUUCUAAUUGGUGGAAUGAAUAUAACAAAUAUGAGAUAGUUCUUUUUGAUGAGUGGUAUACAUAUAUUGAUUGGAAUGACAUUGUUAAAUAUCUUAACGAUACUCCAGAGGAUGUUGAGCAAAAACACAAAGGAUUUAUUCCAUUUCUAGCUAAAUAUGUAUUUAUGACAUCUCAUAAGCCUCCAGAGGAAGCUUUUAAUUUUCGUCGUAAUCAUGUUAAUAAUAAAUCAUUUACUCAACGAGAUUGGGAUCAGUUUUAUUGUCGUCUUGAUUUUAUAAUUAAGUUUACAGGGAAGUGGAAUGAUAUAGACCAAUGCACUACUGAGCUUAUAUUUCACAAGAGUUCAGAGAAAGAUUUUCAUAACAUGAAUUGGGAUGUUAAAUAUUGUAAGGGUGAAUUUACUGUUGACGAGCUAAAAACUAUAGUUCAAGGUUUAAAUCAAGAGCAAGAUGGUGAGGUGAUCAUAAAACAGAAUCAGGUUUACUGGCGUCGUUGUUUUCGUGAGUUCAAGAAGAAUUAUCUAUGUGAUUAUUCUAGAUGUUGUGAGCUUUCUGACUACAAACAAGAGCUUUUACAACAAUCACAAUUAGUUUUAUCUUCAACCACAUCAG